GACAAUUUUCAGUCAUUCCCAAACAGCUGAGUGGAAUAGUUCUUUCCUAAAACCUAAACAAAAUGAAGUUAGCUUUUGCAUUUUGCCUAAUGACCAUAAUUGUGGGUCUUGCCUGGGCUCAAAAUAAUACUUUGUGUCAUUCUGAGACCAUUGUCACUGGUGAUUGUAAGCAGAGAAUCCGAGGAUUUACCUAUUUGGCGGGAAGAGAAAGAUGCCACAGAUUUAGGACUCGUGCCUGUAGUGUAACUGGAAACUUUUUCCAUUCCAGGGAUGAAUGCAAACUUAAAUGCAUUCCAGAAUCUAAGAAUUCGAAUGGAGAAAAUGGAUUUGUUAACUUUAUGAACAGAGCCAUGUCGCAGGUUCAAGAUAUGUUGCAAAGCUUAGUUAAUUAUGCCAGUAUGCCAUAAGAGUGCUAUGAAUGUAUAGUUAUUUCAUUCAUUUUAAAUCUGAAUAAAUGGGAAUGAAUAUA